UGCCCGGAGUGAGAGCAAACUACCAGCGCAGUGGGGCCGGCGCGAGUGUGCGUGCGUGUGUGUGCGUGUGUGCGAGAGAGCGAGCGCGGUGGGAGGGGGGGAACCAACUGCUUCACACUUUCAACACUGCACUGAAGAAGGGAGAGAGAGAGAGAGAGACUGGAGACGCUCAGAUCCCCCCAAGAUCUCCCAAAGCUAUCGUCCCACAGAUUAUAGAACAGAACCCCAAAAAUCGAAACAGAGGAAACGGACAGCGGUUGAACAUGGACGAAGGAAUUCCUCAUUUGCAAGAGAGACAGUUACUGGAACAUAGAGAUUUUAUAGGACUGGACUAUUCCUCUUUGUAUAUGUGUAAGCCCAAAAGGAGCAUGAAGCGAGACGAUAGCAAGGAUACCUACAAAUUACCGCACAGAUUAAUAGAAAAGAAAAGAAGAGAUCGAAUUAAUGAAUGCAUUGCUCAGCUGAAAGAUUUACUGCCUGAACAUCUGAAGUUGACAACUCUGGGGCAUCUGGAGAAAGCGGUAGUCUUGGAAUUAACUUUGAAACACUUAAAAGCUUUAACAGCCUUAACCGAGCAGCAGCAUCAGAAGAUAAUUGCUUUACAGAAUGGGGAGCGAUCUCUGAAAUCGCCCAUUCAGUCCGACUUGGAUGCGUUCCACUCGGGAUUUCAAACAUGCGCCAAAGAAGUCUUGCAAUACCUCUCCCGGUUUGAGAGCUGGACGCCCAGAGAGCAGCGGUGUGUCCAGCUGAUCAACCACUUGCACGCCGUGGCCACCCAGUUCUUGCCCACCCCCCAGCUGUUGACUCAACAGGUCCCUCUGAGUAAAGGCACCGGCGCGCCCUCGGCCGCUGCCCCCACAGGGUCCGCGGCCGCCCCCUGCCUGGAGCGCGCCGGGCAGAAGCUUGAGCCCCUCGCCCACUGCGUGCCGGUCAUCCAGCGGACUCAGCCCAGCGCCGAGCUCGCCGCCGAGAACGACACGGACACCGACAGCGGCUACGGCGGCGAGGCCGAGGCGAGGCCGGACCGCGAGAAGGGCAAAGGCUCCGGGACGGGCCGCGUCACCAUCAAGCAGGAGCCCCCCGGGGAGGACUCGCCGGCGCCCAAGAGGAUGAAGCUGGAUUCCCGCGGCGGCGGCGGCGGCCUGGGGGGCGGCGCGGCGGCGGCGGCGGCCGCGCUCCUGGGGCCGGACCCGGCCGCCGCGGCAGCGCUGCUGAGACCCGACGCGGCCCUGCUCAGCUCGCUGGUGGCGUUCGGCGGAGGCGGGGGCGCGCCCUUCGCGCAGCCCGCCGCCGCCGCGGCUGCCGCGGCCCCCUUCUGCCUGCCCUUCUACUUCCUCUCGCCUUCGGCGGCCGCCGCCUACGUGCAGCCUUUCCUGGACAAGAGCGGCCUGGAGAAGUACCUGUACCCGGCGGCGGCCGCCGCCCCGUUCCCACUGCUGUACCCCGGCAUCCCCGCGCCGGCAGCCGCCGCCGCAGCCGCCGCCGCAGCCGCCGCCGCCGCUGCCUUCCCCUGCCUGUCCUCGGUGUUGUCGCCCCCUCCCGAGAAGGCCAGCGCCGCCGCCGCGACCCUCUUGCCGCACGAGGUGGCGCCCCCUGGGGCGCUGCACCCCCCGCACCCGCACGGCCGCACCCACCUGUCCUUCGCCGGCGCCCGCGAGCCCGGGAACCCGGAGAGCUCUGCUCAGGAAGAUCCCUCGCAGCCAGGAAAGGAAACCCACUGAAUCCUCGCCUCCUUUCUUAGACAGGACGAGGGUUCACGCGGAAUAAUAAUAUUAAUAAGUUAAAACACCCUUAACGUUUUUAAGGGAGGAAGUGUAAUAGAUGCACGACAGGCUUUUAAAACAACACAGGUGUUUCGUGUACAUUUGGAGUUCCUGUUUUGCUCAUCCCUCACCACCCCACCCUCCGCACACUAACGUCCCUUUCUUCCCCCACCAGCUCUAAAAGAAUCUCUGCGAUAUUGAUACUUUCUUCUUUAAAGAAUUCGCCCAAAUAAGUUUUGCCUUCCUUUAGGCCAUGUUCCAUUAUCUUUUAAAAUACAGAACCUAAUUCUGGAGGAAGAAGGGUCUGCUCUGUGGGUGAGCUGAUUGAACCAAGGUAGGGGAAAGGUGGCCCAGGAGUUGACGUCCAACAGCCGGCUGGUAGUUAUUAUCUGCCUGCCGCAGAGCUGUCCCACCGGCUUCAGGAGGCUUUCCACAACCAGAAUGAGGAUCUUUUAGAAUUGAAUUUACUCUUCAGUAUUUUAUAAUGUUCAGCUUUUUUUAAAGGCAUAUAUUUUUCAAAGAGGAAGAAGUGAAAAUGCAGUCACUUACGUUGCAACCUAUUCUGAAGUGGUUUGAAUGGUAUCCCUUAGUAACUUGCUCUUGUUUAAAGAGACUCGGAGUUGGGCCGUUGUCAGAACUGAGUCAGGGAAGGAGAUGGAUGAGGAAGGCCAGAAUCAUUCUUGGUACACUUACUAGCACUUUAUGGAGAAAUUGACCGUGAAUCAAUUGACGUGUCUUAAUUUCAUUCAUAUAUAUAUAUAUAUAUACACACACACACACAUCUAUAGUACAUCUAUUCCCACCUUGUCAUUAUUUAAUUCACCAUAUUCCUAAAUUUUUAUAAUCUUGCUGUAAAAAAGGAAUGUGCACUGAACUUAAAAACAAAACAAAUCCAAAAUGAUUUAUCCUAUAUUCUGUUAAAUAACAAAAGGGGAGGAAAGCAUUAAACUGGUCAGUUUUGAUUGGAAAAGCUGUAAAGAUGUGGAAUGAAGCCCUGUGAGGCCUUCCUAUCUCCAAGUCUAUGUAUUUUCUGGAGACCAAACCAGAUACCAGAUAAUCACAAAGAAAGCUUUUUUAAUAAGGCUUAAACCAAGACCUUGUCUAGAUAUUUUUAGUUUGUUGCCAAGGUAGCACUGUGAGAAAUCUCACUUGAAUGUUAUGUAAGGGGUGAGACACAACAGUCUGACUAUAAGCGAAGAAAAUAUCUGGGUCUUUUAGUCAGUUUGGUGCAUUUGCCGCUGCUGUUGCUUUGUUUGCCUCAAACGCUGUGUUUAAACAACGUUAAAUCGUAGCCUACAAGGUGGCUCUUAUGUACAUAGUUGUUAAUACAUCCGAUUAAUGAUGUCUGACAUGCUAUUUUUGUAGGGAGAGACUAUGUGCUAAUGAUAUUUUGAGUUAAAAUAUCUUUUGGGGAGGAUUUGCUGAAAAGUUGCACUUUUGUUACAAUGCUUAUGCUUGGUACAAGCUUAUGCUGUCUUAAAUUAUUAAAAAAAAAUAAAUAAAUACCAU